UGGUCUAGUGGUGUGGUAAUCGUGUUGCACUCUCGCAUUAGUUAAAUCAUCUAUUUGAAAAGGUGGUUAUCGGACAAAUGGAUCGUUGUGCACAUUAAUGUGUUUGUUUUUUCUGUAACGUGUUAGAUCCCACAGUUGGAAGUCACCAUGGUAUCGUCACGGUUCGUUUGGGUAGCUUGUCUAGUGUGCAUUAGUGACAUCAGUUCAGCGACUGGUGGAAGAAAAACAACCUCUCUUCUUUCCGACGUAUGUUCGACCAAGUAUGAACCGUCAGUACAUGGCACAAGGGAAGAAUACUAUAAUCGUGUGCGGAAUGAUCCCGACAAACACAUCUCAGCCCGUCUAUUGCGCUACCUUAUUUUUGGAGGCAUUUUACAGGCAAUAUCGGAGAAGACGAAAAUCCCUCGCAGUGAACUAGUGAAAGGAGGCGCGGUGCAGUUUCAGGAUCAUAAUAGUAAAACUCCAGGAACCCAAGCAUCGCACAUUAUCCGUGUAGGUGCUAUCAGUAAAAAACUGCAGGAAGAGAGUCCAACGCUAAACAAAGCACUGGAAAACUAUAUCGGACACACGCAAAUUGUACCUACAAAUAUAAAUGUAUGGCAUGGUAUUGGAGGCGCAAUUGACAAGUACCAAUCUAGCAAUCUGACCAUUUUAGCUAGAAUUGACUUUAAUGGAGAAAAUUUGGAUAGUUCUGAUAAUGACCUAACUUUAUUACGUAACAAUUUUUUCGAUGUUAUUGAUAAAUACUCAAACGCAAUAUCAAGUGCCGACUCAAACAUAAAUCAACUUAACGAAGAUAGGGAUACGGUUUAUUUAAUAGAUGAGUGUAUGAUGUAUGACGAAGGAAAGAAAGGGUAUGAAAUGGUAAAGAGUGGACAGUUUGAAAGUCAUUACAAUAAGAUUUGGAUCCCACCAUUGGAAUUAGGCAUGGCUUUUCUACGGGUUGCUUUGGUUGUUUGUCUAGUGUGCAUUAGUGCCUUCCACUUAACGGCAGGUGCCAGACAAAAAUCCCAACCUAUUGCGGACAUCUGUUCAACCUCCUUCUCCGAUGGGCCCUUCGAAACAAUAGAGCAAUAUCGUCAACGUGUGCGAGAUCCAGACCAACACAUCUCGGCCCGGUUGGUACGCUAUUUCCGUUUCGCUGGCAUACUGCAAGCAAUUUCGGAAACAACGGAAAUCCCGCGCGAUGAGUUAGUGGCCGAUGGUGCGAGCCAGUUUCAGGACCAAUCAAGCGGUCGCGGACAAACCAUCCACGCGGCACACAUCAUCCGCGUAGGUGCUAUCAAUGAAGAUCUGAAGACUAAAAGCCCAUCGCUAAACAAAGCACUGAAAAACUUCAUCGGCCACACACAGAAUGUGCUUCGUGCUGCUAACGUUUGGCAUGGCGUUGGUGGUGAAAUUGACAAAUACCAGUCGGAACAAUUGGGCGUUACAGCUUCGAUUGAUUUUGCUGGCACGCUGGUAACGAACGACCGGCGCACCGUGGAGACUAUGAUAACGGGCUUCCGUGCCAUCAUUGACAAGUAUGUGCAUGAUGGCACUCACAGCAACGAUAAUUUAAAAAUUCUCAACGCGGACAACGUGAUAGUGUACUGCGUUACACCGCUGAUGUUGCACGAGGAAGGCAAUUUUGGUUAUAACUGGGUAAAGAAUGGCGAAUUUGUAAAUUUGUACGGAAAAUGAUUAGUUUCAAUAUAAAAACGUCUUUAAAUUGUCACGAUGGCUUCAU